UUCCAUUACUUUUUAAAAAUAGAGGCCUAACUCAGGAUGUGACAAGAUGGCUGGGCUGCCCUGCAGGGUCAUCAAGGAAACCCAGGGUGUGCUAGCAGAGCCGGUUCCUGGAAUUAGAGCAGAACCAGAAGACGGCAACGCCCGUUAUUUUCACAUGGUCAUUGCUGGUCCCCAGGAUUCCCCCUGUAAAGGAAGGACUUUUACAUCUGAACUGUUUCUGCCAGAACACCCAAUGGCAGCACCUAAAGUACAUUUCAUGACCAAAAUUUAUCAUCCUAACCUAGGCAAGUUGGGAAGAAUAUGUUUAGAUAUUUUGAAAGGAAAAUGGUUGCCAGCACUGCAGAUCCGCACAGUUCUGCUAUCUACCCAGGCAUUGUUAAGUGCUCGUAAUUCAGAUGGCCUAUUAGCAAAUGACGUAGUGGAGCUGUGGAAGACCAACAAAGUCCAAGCCAUAGAAACAGGUGGGCCACAGACUAGGUUACAUGCCAUGAAUAAUAAUUUAAGUCAAUCUGAUCAUCAAGUUUGUGUCACUUCUCUUGUUCUGCCAAGACUUCUUCCUUUUUUUGUUUGA